UUGACUUGUCUCUUCUCAGGUCAUCAUUCUUAUAUUUUCUUCUUCCAUAACUCUUCAAUCGAAAUCGAAAUCCAGUGUGUGUUCUUCUAGGGUGAUUACUGACGACACAGACAUAAUGGGGAUUCUCGAGAAGGUGAAAAGGAGGGCCAAAGUAGAAUAUGUUGACAUAAACUUAAAGAGUCAGCAUGACAGCAGCAAUGGCCCUGAUGAAGAACUUGAUAUCAUUGAUGGGAUUCCUUGCUUGCCUAAGCAGCUGGCUGUUCCCAAGAUAUCGGAAAUGAGCUCACUGCUGGGCAGGGCUAGUACAUCUGGCCUUGGGAGGGCAGUGGAUGCAAUCUAUGGCCUUGGUAGUAGCAUGGCAAUUCUGAACACAAACACUGGUUUUACCUCUGCGGCGACAACAAAAGGGACUAAAAUUUCACUCUUGACUUUCGAAGUUGCAAACACAACUGUCAAGGGAUCAAAUUUAAUGCAAUCAUUGUCAACGUAUAACAUUAAACAUUUAAAAGAGGUUGUGCUUCCAUCAGAAGGGGUCCAGAAUUUAGUUUCACGAAAUAUGGAUGAACUCCUGAGAAUUGUUGCAGCUGACAAGAGGGAAGAGCUCAAAAUUCUCUCCGGAGAAGUAGCGCGGUUUGGAAAUUGUUGUAAAGACCCUCAGUGGCAUAAUCUGGAUCGCUAUCUUAACCAGUGCCCUUUCACAAACAUUAUGGUUGCACGACAGAAGCUAUUGAAGGAAGAUGCAGAGGUGGUAAUGCAGCAAAUGAUGAUGUUGGUUUCAAAUACACAUGAAUUAUAUCAUGAGAUUUGUUCCUUGGACAAACUUGACAAAGAGUACCGGUGUAAGCUUCAAGAGCAAAUAGAGAAUCCAGAAACCUGCCAAAGAGACAGCCUCGCAAUCUUAAGAGCAGAGGUGAAAAAUCAAAGGAGGCUUUUGAGAAGUUUGAAGAGAAAAUCAUUUUGGCUCAGGAUGUUAGAAGAGGUCGUGGAGAAACUUGUCCAUGUUGUGCGUUUUUUACAUAAGGAGAUUCAUCACGAAGCAUUUAGCAAUGCAGGAACCGAUGAUGAACCUGUGAAUGAUUCUCCGAAUAAUCACGAAACAUUGGGGUCUGCUGGUCUUGCCUUGCAUUAUGCAAAUAUUAUCACUCAAAUUGAUACGCUUGUGUCUCGAUCAAGUUCUGUGUGUUCAAACACACGCGAUACUUUAUAUCAGGGGCUCCCGCCUGGUGUGAAAUCAGCUUUGCGAUCAAAACUGCAGUCAUUUCAGUUUAAGGAAGAGCAUACAAUCGCUGAAAUUAAAGCGGAAAUGAAGAAAACGUUGCAGUGGCUAGUUCCCAUUGCCACUAACACAACCAAAGCUCAUUAUUGCUCUGGCUGGGUUGGAGAAUGGGCGAUGAACUGGAAACCUGCUGGUACUGACUUGCUGAGGAUUGAGACACUGCACCAUGCUGAUAAAAAUAGAACUGAGGCUUACAUUCUUGAACUGGUGGUGUGGCUCCACCAUCUCGUCAACCAAUCGAGGGUUAGUAUUGGAAGUAUUCAAAGACCUCUAGGUAAUUAGGGUCACUGGGUAAUUUGGGUUCUGUCAACUACAAGAUGUUUUACCCCUGGGUAUUGCGUUGAGUCUCUAGGUGGUUAAUAGCUUCUUGUGCUUUUCUUGUGAUUAGGAAUGCAUGCUGCUUUUAGUUAUGUUCCCUAAGCAGAUGUUAAGGCAUCAAUCAAGGAGGUGAUCAGUGUAUUGAUCACGCCUCCUCUUAUAUAUGUUGUAUCUGUGGGAUAGUUUUCUCUAUGAAUGAAAUACAAACUCAAAAAUUAGAAAAGCAAUAGUUAGAAACUGUGGAAUAAGAUCUCCUGUUAAAUCCCCUCUUUGCUCCCCCAACCAGAAGGCAAUUCAGUUAUGUAUGAACAAAACCAACUGCUCAUCACCCAUAUUAACAGUUGAAGACCAAGAAAUGCUUCGAUACGUAAGUAAGAGAAAACUGACACCGGGGAUUAGUAAGAGUCAAGAAUUUGACACCUCAAGGACCAGGUUCAGCAAGCAUAACCGGCUGAGCAAGAGUAGCAACCACUCCCCGACAAGUGAACGUAGGAAGGAUCCAUUUCCAAUCAGGAGGCCAUCCUCCGUUCCUAUCAUUGACUUUGAUUUCGACCGGAGCAAAGCACUGGAUGUCAUUGAUCGGGUGGACACAAUUCGAAGUAUUUGAAUGCACAGGCGAAGUGGUUCUUGUGUAUGUAUGUCUUGUAAGUUCAUCUGCGGCAUUUGUCCCUGUCGUGUGCUCUUUGUUGUGGCGGUGGCGAUGUCAUGGAAGCGGGCAUGGAUGCUGAGAAACGAGAGAAGUCAUGGCCAUUUUGAAUGUCAAAAUGUAGGGUCAGAAAUGUAUUUUGAUCAAUGGAAGUUAAAUUUCUGUAGAUGGUAAGGAUGCUGGUUUUUAUACUUAGUGGCUAGUAUGUACAGAAUAUUCAA